AUGGUGCUGAGCAGAUGCAGCUGGCUCCUCCUCAGUGCUGCUUUCCUGAGCGCGGGGGCCGAGAUCGCUAUCACCCCCGAGCCUGCCCAGCCAGCCGAGGGCGACAAUGUCACACUGGCUGUCCAAGGGCUUUCAGGGGAGCUGCUUGCCUACAACUGGUAUGCGGGGCCCACGCUCAGUCUGUCUUACCUGGUGGCCAGCUACAUCGUAAGCACAGGCGAUGAGACCCCUGGCCCGGCCCACACGGGGCGGGAGGCUGUGCGCCCCGACGGCGGCCUGGACAUCCAGGGCGCCCUGCCCGGGCACUCGGGCACCUACAUCCUACAGACUCUCAACAGGCAAUUUCAGACGGAGGUGGGCUACGGACACUUGCAGGUCUAUGAGAUCCUGGCCCAGCCUGUGGUCAUGACCAACAGCACGGCGUUGGUGGAGCGCCGGGACACCCUGCGCCUCACAUGCAGCAGCCCCAGCCCCGCCGAGGUCCGCUGGUUCUUCAACGGCGACACCCUGCCCAUCGCCGUCCGCCUCGGCCUGUCCCCUGACGGCCGGGUGCUGACCCGGCACGGCAUCCGCAGGGAGGAGGCGGGAGCCUACCAGUGUGAGGUCUGGAACCCGGUCAGUGUCAGCCGCAGCGAGCCCGUCAACCUGACCGUGUACUUUGGCCCAGAACGCGUGGCCAUCCUCCAGGAUUCCAUCACCCGCACGGGCUGCACCAUCAAAGUCGACUUCAACACAUCUUUCACGCUGUGGUGCGUGUCCCGGUCCUGCCCGGAGCCUGAGUACAUGUGGGCCUUCAACGGGCGGGCCUUAAAGAAUGGCCAAGACCACCUCAACAUCAGUAGCAUGACGGCAGCCCAGGAGGGCACGUACACGUGUAUUGCUAAGAACCCCAAGACCCUGCUUUCUGGAUCUGCCUCAGUGGUGGUCAAACUCUCUGCGGCCGCGGUCGUCAUGACAAUCACGCCGGUGCCGAGCAGGCCGAUGGAGGGCCAGGACGUGACCCUGACCGUACAGGGCUACCCCAAGGAUCUGCUGGUCUAUGCCUGGUACCGCGGGCCUGCCUCCGAGCCCAAUCGGCUGCUCAGCCAACUGCCAUCGGGGAACUGGAUCGCAGGCCCCGCGCACACAGGCCGGGAGGUGGGCUUCGCCAACUGCUCGCUGCUGGUGCAGAAGCUGAACCUCACCGACACCGGCCGCUACACACUCAAGACCGUCACGCUGCAGGGCAAGACUGAGACGCUGGAAGUGGAGCUGCAGGUGGCCCUCAACCUCCCUUCCUCGCACAAGGACCAACGCCACCUUCCUGAACCUGAACCUGGCACAGGCUGAGCACGGGGCGGCUCUGGCGUAGCACCAUGGCCCUGGAGACCUCCGGAGAGACCAGCUCUUCGUGCCACCUUCCUUGUUUCCUCCCCCUGAGUGGAGGACCACUUGCUUCCAGCAAGGAUGCAGGACCAUGGUUCACGGUUCUCCUGCUUCCACCCUAGAGUUAGAGCCAACAGGGCCCUGCUCCUUCACUGAGCUGUCGGAGAGCCACAGAGGCUAUAAACAUCCUGGUUAACACA